AUGUACUCGCCAAGGUCCUUUCCCUACCUCCAACCAUCUUCUCCUUCCUCACUGCGCCGCUCUGAGAAGAUGGCUCCGAGGACUGCGCGCACUAGACCGACUGCCAGAGCAACCAAGUCGGAUCCCUCGAAUACGAAUACGCAUACGCACACGCACACGACCACGACCACGACCCCCACUACCACCCCCACCGCAAUGCACACAACUACACAAAUCGCGGACAGGACGAAAGGAAUCAACAAGGAGAACCAGAGGCCGCCGAUGCCUGCUACCGCCAACAUGCCACCCCAUUCACAGCCCGUGGUCAUACCCUCGCGAACGCCUCUAAAGUCCCUCACUUCGACGCAGACGGUGAGGGCAAGAGGACACAAUGGAGGCCGUCCGUCGCGCUCCGUCAAGGGCCAUGAUCCCAGUGCCGUCCCACCGGCUGUCGCCGCCCUGUUGGCCGUCACCGCGAUCCCAAAGAUGCCACCGCGCCGCCAGCGCAAGCCCUCGGCCAUGGACAGGACCAUCUCCAUGGACGAGCUGAUCCAAGAGUGGAAACAAGACGAUUCCGAGCUCUCGUCUUCCUAUGGCGCCUCGCCCCUGGACUUGCUACUGGGCCGUGUGGACGAGUCAGAGGACGACUGUGGCAGCCUCAUGAGCAUGGAGCAAGAGAAGGAUUCCAUCUUGACUUCGAGGUCCAUUUCGAGCGAGUCCAUUCCUACCAUGCCGCCCUCGUUGGAUUACGACAAUCCAUCCUACCUAUCUUCCCACUGGGACAACCUCAGCACUCCAGAAUCCCUGGGCCGCAAGUCGCUCUCCGAGCGCAGAGAAAAGGUCGUCUCUUCGCCACCAAAGGAAGACUGCGUAUUCGACCAUCCCUUGCUUCACUUUGGGCCGGAAGAAAGCGAGGAGAUGCUGCAGACCAACGCCAGGGAACUCGUCUCCUCCCUACCCACGUCAAACGAGCGUUUCCGCUCCUUCAAAUCCAAUCUCACCGCCUCCAUCCAAGCCCUCAAGUCGGCCGCAAAGAACUUUUCCAACUUCACGGCCCCCAGCGUACCGCCAGAUGACUUCCUCACCCGCUCCCUGCUCUCCCCGAGCUACACGAGCGAAAUGCGCCCCAAACACCUCGAGGGCCUUCCCUCACCCGAACUCCGCCGCUACCUGAACCCACAGCCUGCCCCCAUUUCCCCCACAGAACUCUCCAUGCACCUCCACGAUUCUUUGACGCUCGAUGCAGACGCCGACCUCGAGGCGCCCAUGAUUCAGAUGCAAACCUACGAGCGUCGUGGCCGCAGCCAGAAAUCUAAACGCGCGGCGCGAAAUGCCGCCACCGAUCCCUUUUCCGAAGCUGGGCGCGCGGCGACGACGGGGGAGCCGACGGUGCGCCAACGCGAACCGCGCGAGAACGGCGACUUUUUGCGCGUCAUUGUGCUGGAGAUGAAUAUGCGACGGGUGGGUAAGCUGGAUCACAAGGCGGUGGGCAAGGCGAGGAUCUGGCUGCCUCCACGGAAGCCCGUAUCUGGCAAGUCCGCCGCCGUGCAGCUUGUGGCUGGUGUGCCCAAUCGGCCCUGCGAGAGGACGACGGUUGUUGGCGGCGCCGGGAGCACGAUCAGGGUGUGUAUAUCCUAUCGGGCCGAUGAAGUGGUAGAAUCCCACACCCGUCCAAGUACCAUGAUCACCUUGGGCACACACGCAGCAAACAGCUCAGCAGUGACGAGACAGACCCUUGAUCCGUUCACCAGUCUUGUCCCGUCACUGUACCGUAUCUACAGUAGUCUGUACACUGGCCAGCCGCGUAUCCCGCACCACGCACCCUACCCCGAUAUGAAGAAUCGCCAGCACACGACCCCAAUCCGCACACGGAAACCUCCAAUCGAGGCCGCCGUACCGUCUCCGCACUGUAUGAUAUGA